AUGGAGCCGGCAGAGCUGCUGGGCUUCUGUCCAGUCUGCUAUGAGGACAUGGGCAACAGUACAGCCACGUGGCGGAUGGUGCUUCGAAUCCUGCCCCAGACCUUUGGUUUUAUCUUACCCCUGCUAGUCAUGCUGUUCUGCUACGGAUUCACCCUGCGCACGCUGCUUAAGGCCCACAUGGGGCAGAAGCACCGGGCCAUGCGGGUCAUCUUUGCUGUUGUCCUUAUCUUUCUGCUCUGCUGGCUGCCCUACCACCUGGUCCUGCUCGCAGACACCCUCAUGAGGACGCAGGUGAUCUCAGAGACCUGUGAGCGCCGCAACGACAUUGAUAGUGCCCUGGAAGCCACCGAGAUUCUGGGCUUCCUCCACAGCUGCCUCAACCCCGUCAUCUACGUCUUCAUUGGCCAAAAGUUUCGCCAUGGACUCCUCAAGAUCCUGGCCACCUGUGGCCUGGUCAGCAAGGAGCUCUUGCCCAAGGACAGCAGGCCUUCCUUUGCUGGCUCUUCUUCAGGGAACACGUCCACUCGCCUCUGACACUCCUGCCUCAGUGC